AUGCAAAGUUGUGAAUCCAGUGGCGACAGUGCGGAUGACCCUCUCAGUCGUGGCCUGCGGAGAAGGGGACAGCCUCGCGUGGUAGUGAUCGGUGCCGGUUUGGCUGGCCUGGCUGCAGCCAAAGCCCUUCUGGAGCAGGGCUUCACGGAUGUCACUGUGCUUGAGGCUUCUAGCCGCAUUGGAGGCCGUGUGGAGAGUGUGAAACUCGGACACGCGACCUUUGAGCUGGGAGCCACCUGGAUCCAUGGAUCCCAGGGGAACCCCAUCUAUCAUCUAGCAGAAGCCAAUGGCCUCCUGGAAGAGACAACGGACGGGGAGCGCAGCGUGGGCCGCAUCAGCCUCUACUCCAAGAAUGGCGUGGCCUGCUACCUUACCAACCGUGGCCGCAGGGUCCCCAAGGACGUGGUUGAGGAAUUCAGCGAUUUAUACAACGAGGUCUAUAACUUGACCCAGGAGUUCUUCCGGCACGGUAAACCAGUCAAUGCUGAGAGUCAGAACAGCGUGGGGGUGUUCACCCGGGAGGAGGUGCGCAACCGCAUCAGGAAUGACCCUGAGGACACGGAGGCCACCAAGCGCCUGAAGCUCGCCAUGAUCCAGCAGUACCUGAAGGUGGAGAGCUGCGAGAGCAGCUCGCACAGCAUGGACGAGGUGUCCCUGAGCGCCUUCGGGGAGUGGACGGAGAUCCCGGGCGCCCACCACAUCAUCCCCUCCGGCUUCAUGCGGGUUGUGGAGCUGCUGGCCGAAGGCAUCCCGGCCCACGUUAUCCAGCUGGGCAAGGCCGUCCGCUGCGUGCACUGGGACCAGGCCUUGGGCCGCCCCCGGGGCCCCGAGAUCGAGCCCCGCGGAGAGGGUGACCACAACCAGGACGCGGGCGAGGGCGGCCCGGGCGGCGGGGAGCCGCAGGGGCGCGGGCCGGACGAGGACGCGCGCUGGCCGGUGCUGGUGGAGUGCGAGGACUGCGAGGUGAUCCCGGCGGACCACGUCAUCGUGACCGUGUCGCUGGGCGUGCUCAAGAAGCAGCACGCCGGCCUCUUCCGCCCGGCGCUGCCCGCCGAGAAGGUGGCCGCCAUCCACCGCCUGGGCAUCGGCACCACCGACAAGAUCUUCCUGGAGUUCGAGGAGCCCUUCUGGGGCCCCGAGUGCAACAGCCUCCAGUUCGUGUGGGAGGACGAGGCGGAGAGCCGCACCCUCACCUACCCGCCCGAGCUCUGGUACCGCAAGAUCUGCGGCUUCGACGUGCUCUACCCGCCCGAGCGCUACGGCCACGUGCUGAGCGGCUGGAUCUGCGGGGAGGAGGCCCUCGUCAUGGAGAAGUUCGACGACGAGGCGGUGGCCGAGAUCUGCACCGAGAUGCUGCGGCAGUUCACAGGGAACCCCAACAUUCCCAAGCCUCGGCGAAUCCUGCGCUCCGCCUGGGGCAGCAACCCUUACUUCCGAGGCUCCUAUUCAUAUACGCAGGUGGGCUCAACUGGGACCGACGUGGAGAAGCUGGCCAAGCCCCUGCCCUACACGGAGAGCUCCAAGACCGCGCCCAUGCAGGUGCUGUUCUCAGGUGAGGCCACCCACCGCAAGUACUACUCUACCACCCAUGGUGCUCUGCUCUCUGGACAGCGUGAAGCUGCUCGUCUCAUCGAGAUGUACAGAGACCUCUUCCAGCAGGGGACCUGA